CAACAACAUUAGAACAUGUUCGAGAAAAUCCAUCUCUCUGCUUCCAUACAAACACCACAUCAUGUCCCCACCAACCCACCACCUCUCCAUCAACAUCUACGGCCGCGGCGAUGCAACCCUCGGAGACGGACCCUCCCACAUGGGCAUCGCCAUCUACGAGCAGGGCUCAUCCACCUGCGAAAUGCACCACAUCCGCAAUCCCACCGACCAAGACUUCAUCUACGACCCACGGCCUCAACCACUCGAAGACCCAGUGCUAAAGGGUCGCUGCGAGCUUGCCUCGCUCUCUGAUGAACAACGGAUAGAUGCCAGCGCUCUCCUCACCUCAUUUGGAAAGAACGAAUCCAACAUCCCUGAAUUUGGGGUUGGGAAUUGUCAGGAUUGGGUCGCUGCGGCUGUUGGCGUGCUUGAACGAGUUGGUCUUGUUGGUUCUGGGGAGGGUGGAUUCUGGAGAGGAAUGGUUAAUAAGAGUGCGGAGGAGAUGAAAAGCGAGUGUCUUCGGACGGGGAGGAGGUGGAUAGAUGGUCCCGAGUUGGUGUUUGAGGGGGAUCCAGAUGCUCGGUUUGGGGAUGAGGGGGAUGAGGCCAGGCCUGUUGGGAAGCUGGGGAAUAAUGAGGCUUUUCUGAGGAUGAAGUCGCUUUUUGGGGAGAGAAAGGAUGGAGAGAGUCAAGAACGGCCGUUUUACGUAUCGAGUCCGUUUUUUAGUAAGAUGGAGAAGGAGUGAUAUAAAUUUCUUAUAUUCAAAGCAAGAUACUAUCUAUCCGAGCCAAAAUAUUUCAUACCUAGACAUUCCAAGCAUACCAAAACUCACCACAAGCGUCAU